AUUAUCAUCGUGGAGGUCAAAUACGAGCUUAUACUUGAGUUGUUCGACUGUGCCGCCACCGGAGCCAAUCGAACCCUAAAACCACACUUUACGGUGGUCGAGACGUCAAGCUUCUCGUGCUCGCUCUCCAGAAGGCCGGCCGGCGAAGAAUAAAGGAUGGGAAAAGGAACCGAUCUUUGGGAUGACUCCGCUCUCAUCAAUGCUUUCGAUCACGCCAUGUCCACCUACAAGGCAAUGCAUAGGGAAAGCUAUCCAGUCAAUCCUCUUGAGGAAAAAACACUUACAAGUGAAAGUAAUCAAGACAAGCCUGGGCAUACUGAGAUUUUGACAAGGGAAAUAGAUGACCAUGGUGAGAAUAAUGUGAUGAAGGAUGUAACAGAAACUAAUAUGCCUUCCUACAAGGAUCUGACAUCUACUGAAGGGCUUCAGUCUCGAGAAGGCAGUCUAGGUGCAAAUAUAUGCCCCACAGAGUCUAAUCCAUGCUUGUCAGAUUUCCCUGUAGCCGCUAUGGAGACUGAUAAAUAUAAUUAUCAACAAAGUGUUGAGUACAAUAAUCUCCUUAAACAGUAUUAUGAACUCGAGGAGCAGAGGCAAAAGGUUCUCCAACAACUCCAGCAAGCAAAUUAUUGGAUUUACCAAGAUCCAGUUCAAUCUGGCCAACAUCAAGCAGAGCAAGUUCCAACCAAUAAUGUUUCUGAUAGUUGUUCACAACCAAUAUGUUCCUUGUGCUCAUGCCCUUCUUUAGCUCUUCCAUCAAUCACAGCAUCUUCUUGUGCCAUAUGUGGCCCUUCAUUUGGAGGCUAUUAUUGCUGGCCACAAAGCUGCUCUAUGUCACUUCCUCAUCAAUUUUCAGGUGGUCAAGGUCACAUUCAAAGUGGUAUAUGUUCUGUUGGCGCAUCAUGCACAGGAGAUCCUUCAAAGAAAACCACUCAUAUGGAUGACCAAGCUGUCGGAAUAACAGAAAAGGAGAAGGGAAAGGAAGAAGAAAUUUCAGAUUGUGGUACCAACCAGGAAACUGAUCUUGCUGUUGUCCUAAGUGCAUGGUAUUCUGCAGGAUUCCACACUGGCAGGUACCUUUCUGAGCAAUCCAGGAGAAAAGCUCCUCAAUAGAAAUCUUCGGCUUCCAUGAUGUCUUGGGUGGGCGAUGACAGGUGCAUGUUCUGUUCGGUGCUGGAAACUAUUAAUAUCAUGAUUCCACAUUCAAGAGAAGUUCGCUACAUCUCGUUUUACUUGCCUAGAAUUUUGCUCGAUGGUCAUGCAUAACUGUACUGUUAAGUUUCAGUUUCUGCUUGAGGUAUGUAUGGGAUUAAUGUUCGUGUAAAUUCUUGAUGUCUUUAGUGGAUAUGUGGAGUGUUUUUUAUCGUUACUAUGUAGCCGAAUCAGCAGUAGCAUGAACUUUCUUGGCCAUUUAAGAAUUUUGUGACUAGCAGAA